AGUGCAGGCUGUGGGCAGCGUCCCAAACCGCACCUAGCUGGAGUGUGACUCCUACUCGGUCGCUGUAGUAGUUUGUGGUUUGGGACGGAGUGUGUUUUGAUCUGCAGCAGUUGGCUUUGAGUGUGUAUGCUGUGUUUUAGAGUAGUAGUUUUUGUUGUUACAGUGUGAAUCUCAGCAGGCUGCGUCUCCUGGAAGGGACACAGAUGUUUAAGAGGACCAGAGUGGGCGGAAAUGAAGUUUUUCCCCCUUGCAGUUUUACACUUCCUUCUCCAGUUUGUGUUGAAUAAGUGCAGCUCUGUGGAGUUUCUGAAGCAGGCUUCCUGCUCACUUAUCCACACUGAGCUUCCGUUUACAUGAAGCAGACAGUUUAACCUGGCUACCUGGCUGAGAGCAGGCUUUAAUCUGGCUCCUCUACAGGAAAAGCUCCAGAAGACAAAACAUGAGGUUUACAGCUGCAAAGCUAAAACUGUGCUAGUGAUCGACGACUCGUCAGCUGUUCGAAUCUUUUUAAACGACUCUUUUUAAAUGCAAUGGCUGCCCCGUCGCCAGCAAAGAGUAUUGGCGACCCAGGCAUCACGCCUCUCUCCCCUACACACACAAUGAAGGAUUCGGAGCAGAAUGAACCGGCGAGUCACUCGUUCAUGGUGGUGGUGGCCAUCGACUUCGGCACCACGUCCAGCGGCUAUGCCUACGCUUUCAUUAAAGAGCCAGAGUGCAUCCACACCAUGAGGCGCUGGGAGGGCGGAGACCCGGGCGUGUCCAAUCAGAAGACGCCGACCACCAUUCUGCUGAGUCCUGACAAGAAGUUCCACAGUUUUGGUUAUGCAGCGAGAGACUUUUACCACGACUUGGACCCCACCGAGUCAAAGCAGUGGCUCUACCUGGAGAAGUUUAAAAUGAAACUUCACACGACUGCGAAUCUGUCCAUCGACACAGACCUCCAUGCAGCCAAUGGGAAGAAAGUGAAGGCUUUGGAUAUAUUUGCCUACGCACUGGCCUUCUUCAAGGAACAGGCUCUCAAAGAGCUGAGCGACCAGGCGGGGGCGGAGUUUGACAACGCUGACGUCAGAUGGGUCAUCACUGUUCCGGCCAUCUGGAAAAUGCCGGCAAAGCAGUUCAUGAGAGAGGCUGCGUAUAAGGCAGGUCUGGCCUCACGUGACACCCCCGAACAGCUCAUCAUCGCACUGGAACCCGAGGCAGCCUCCAUCUACUGCCGCAAGCUCCGCCUACAUCAGAUGGUCGACCUUGGUGAUAAGACAUCCAUCAAUGGCUACGACCCGGCUGAGAACGUGGGGGCGGGGAUGGCGCAUGCCAAGGAACACGUGCGUCGCAACCGGCAGAGUCGCACCUUUCUGGUGGAAAAUGUCAUAGGAGAGCUCUGGUCCGAACUCAGUGAAGGUGACAGAUACGUGGUGGUGGAUUGUGGAGGAGGAACGGUGGACCUGACGGUGCAUCAGAUCCGCAUGCCUGAAGGUCACCUGAAGGAGCUCUACAAGGCCUCAGGGGGUCCAUAUGGUUCGAUCGGCGUCGACUAUGAAUUUGAGAAGCUGCUCUGUAAGAUCUUUGGUCAGGACUUUAUUGAUCAGUUUAAGAUAAAGAGACCGGCUGCGUGGGUGGACCUGAUGAUAGCAUUCGAGUCCCGCAAGAGAGCUGCAGCCCCCGACCGCUCCAACCCACUCAACAUCAACCUGCCCUUCUCCUUCAUCGACUACUACAAGAAGUUCCGCGGCCACAGUGUGGAGCACGCGCUGCGCAAGAGCAAUGUGGACUUUGUAAAGUGGUCAUCUCAGGGCAUGUUGAGGAUGAACCCAGAUGCCAUGAACGCUCUGUUCAAGCCCACUAUCGACCACAUCAUCCAGCAUCUGAAGGAGCUGUUUGAGAGGCCUGAGGUAACAGACAUCAAGUUCCUGUUCUUGGUAGGUGGUUUUGCCGAGUCACCGCUCCUGCAGAAGGCGGUGCAGGACAUGUUGCAGGGGCGGAGCCGUGUCAUCAUCCCACAUGAUGUGGGUCUGACCAUCCUGAAGGGAGCCGUGCUGUUCGGUCUGGACCCGGGCGUGAUCAAGGUGCGCCGUUCACCACUGACCUACGGCGUGGGUGUGCUCAACCGCUUUGUGGAGGGGAAGCACCCACCUGAGAAGCUGCUGGUACGUGAUGGCACACGCUGGUGCACUGAUGUCUUCGAUACGUUCAUAUCAGCUGACCAGUCGGUGGCGCUGGGUGAAACGGUGAAGCGCAGCUACACACCAGCCAAGCCUUCUCAGCAGGUCAUCGUCAUCCACGUGUACUGCUCAGAGCGGGAGCACGUAGGCUUCAUCUCAGAUGCAGGCGUGCGAAAGUGUGGCACGCUGCGCCUCGACGUCAGCGGCACAGAGAGUCCGGCAGCGGGGGUACGCCGUGAGAUCCAGACGCUCAUGCAGUUCGGCGACACCGAGAUCCGAGCAAUGGCCAUUGACGUGGCCACCAACCGCACGGUCAAGGCCAGCAUCGACUUCCUCGGCCAGUGAGAGAGAGUGAAGGAGAGAAAAUGAAGGAAGGGUGUUGUACUUAAAAUUGCACCAACCCUUUGGCUGGAGAUCUACUUUCCUACAGGGUUUAGUUCCAGUGCAGUGUGAAUACAGCUGACUCAGCUAAUCAUGUCCUCCUGAGGGUACUGAGAAGUCAGAGAUUAUUAUAUUAUAUUAAGUUUGGAAAGUGGAUCUCCAGGAAGGGGAUUGGCUGAUAGUAAAUUACAGGAAAUUUAGCAGCAGUAACCUAAAGGAAAACUCCAGCAUCUUUCAACCUCAUCCCUAUCCAGCACAUCUGUAGUGUAUGUGUAAUUAACACAGCCUAGAAGUUCAACAUGUUAUCUGUGUUUUUUUCAUCAAUACAGCACAGGUUCCCAUCCCUGACCAUGGAGAACCCCUUGUCCUGCACAUUUUAGUGUCUUCCCUGCUCUAACACACCCACUUCAACUCAGGAAGGGCUGUUAAUUAGCUGACUAGUUGAAUCACAUUUGUUAGAGCAGGGAAAACGGAAUCCUGUUUACUCAAAAAUUACUUAUAAUAGAACUGUCUCAGGGCAGUUGUUAAGGGAGUCAAUAAAUAUUUAUGUGAAACAUUUUACGAAAAACACUUUAACAAAAGGUAGAAUUUGCGGUUGUUUUUACCAACAUAAUCAGUGUAGCUCAGAAAAAAAGAGGUGUACGUCAGGUUCCUGAUUGCACAUGGAAACCACAAAGCCUUCAGGAUUCCUGACGCCUGUGUUGUUAAGGCCAUUUUAUUCUGGACGUGUUUCUGAAGCAUUCUUCAGAAAGAGAAAAAAUCUUUUUUAUGCAACAGAUACGUUUCCAUUUUAACAUAGCAGAGUUGUAAACAGGCAUAUGCGGUUUAUUCACUGUCCCAGGUUCUACUUGCAGUAUACAGUUGUGUAUUUUAAACAUUUAUUGUGAAAUUAACAUCUGCCCUAUUAUAAGUAGAUUACAAGUGAACAGGUUUUCCAUUCUUCUAUCAUUGCAAAGAAAUAUCAAAAAUCUGUCCGUUAUAAUGACACAUGCGUGACGUAUAGAUAGAGAUUUGGUUGAAAACAUGCAGGAGUAUUCCUUUAACAGCUGCAGUGUGUUAUUUGAAACUGGAGGAAUUAGAGCAGGUAUCCACUGUUAGUGUGGGCUGUUUGCUGAUUUUACUGUGGGUUCACUUAUUGACCUCUCAAACCCAUGCCACUCUUUAUUUUCUUUUUGUUAUUCUUCCAAAAAUGACUAACAAUCUAGUCAAGGGUUAAAAAGAAUUUGAGCUGCAUUAUAUGUUCUCUCAACAACGUCCACCCUCAUGUAAAUGCAUCUCGCUGGUUCACAUCACUCUUGCUUUUUUCUUUCACCUGAUCGGAUGAGUGCGAUUUAAACGCUGAUGUAAGCAUUUCAGUUUUAUUGGCUGCAUGUAUGUGCUUCGAAACAGAGUGAAAAGGAAAAUUCAGUCUGAGUUUUUCUUUUGCUGUUUAGAAUUCAAGGGAAAGAGCAGAUGACCAGACAAGACCAGACAAAAGGUUAUCCUGUGCCUUCCGGCUAUUUAAAGCAUAUUUAACCAGGCAAAAUAUCUUCACCUAUCAAGUAAAGAUCUGAUCCUUUCCCUGAAAUCUGAACAGCGGAAAAACUCAGGGCUGUAUUCAGAGGUGUGACUUAAGUUCAAAAAUCACCUCAGUAUUUAUGCAGGGAAAGUAUUCAGAGUCGCAGAUCCUUAAUGGACUUUCUGCGCUGAUCGAUACCUGUGCACAGUUCACACCUUCGAGCUUGCCAGCGAUUGUCAAUAGCAUCAACACCAACAGUUUAGACUAAUACAAUGUUAUACAAAUAUAUAUAAUAGUUGAUGAAUAAAUACAUUUUUAAGUGUAUUUACAGCCCAAAACAGUGAUGAAAUUAGACAGCACCGCUGGACUUCUUAUUAAUUUAAUACUUGAUAAUGUGCGUCAAUACCAUGCAAGGAAAACAGACCUAAAUUUAACGCUAAGAAUCUUCCAUAACUGAGACACGCCUCUGUUUAAGUAAAAUUCAACCCACAUCCAAGUAGCAAUUAAAUCUGGAGUUACGUCUGAGGUGUGAAUACCACACAGUUAACUCUGAAUACAGCCCAAAGUCUUUAAGGUAUUUUUCUUUUAAUUUAAGGUGUAUUUAAUUAUUUUACCUCAUAAUUCCAGAAUGGACCACAGUCAGAGCGCAGCUAAGCACACGAAUCCUGUUGGGUAGAGAAAAAAAAGAUGUGAUGUGAGCAUUUUAACCAGCUGUCUCCAUUUCAGUCUUAAUAUUAUUUAUGUUUUAUAUAUCUUAAAGCAUAUCACUGAGUAACUACAGUAGAACAGAAAGGAAAGGUGUGUGAGUGAGUUAUGAGAGUGAGGAAUGCAAGUCUGGACCUGUAGAUGGAGCUGAGAGUUGAAAUGAAUUAAGGGGAUGUUGGGGAUGUUUAGGACUCAAAUCCAGUUUUUCAGCUCAUGACUAUAAGGUAUAAAUCAAAGCUGCAGUAUUUUUCACUCAUAAUCGUAGUUUCUUUAUUCAUGUCGACUUCUUUAGCUCAGCAAAUGGCUGACGUUACUCCAGGCUUAGGAGCAAAAAGUCGAGGUCUAACCAUUCAAACCUCAGCUGUUAGUAGCAGAGCUCUGAGCUCAUCCUUACAUCGUGGUCACUGAAACCCAACAUGAUCCAAGCUAGUGAAACUGCGUACACCUGAACACCUCUUUAAAGUUCAGUUUUUCCUUUUCAUUUUAUUGUUUGCUCAUCGGUGCUCAGAUUGUGUCUGUUUGGUGCAGCUUUUAAUAAGAACUAACACUUUUUUUUUUUUUUUUUUUUUUCUCCUCUGCUAACCUCAUAUUCAGUCUUACCACAUUAUAGGUCAGUAAGUUGCGAUUGGAAAAUUGGAAUCCACAAAUCCUGGAAUGUGAAUUUAUUUCUUCAGUAGGCGGUGUAAGAGAAGCUGCUCGCCACAUGUAGAGAGAGUGAAGUUUAAACAUAGCCAUCGCAAUGUGCUUGUUGCCUUUAGCAUUCUCGCUCAUCACAAAAGACAGAUACUGACUUUGAUUUUGUUUGUUCCAUUUUGUUUUGUAUUCUUGAUAUUAUUUCGAAUCAGUGGAAGUGUGAAAACCCGCUGUUUAUUUCUGUAAAUACCAUAUUUAAAGAUAUUGUACAGAUUUUUAGAGUUACGUUAGUGCUGUUUUAGCAGCUUGCGGAGCAGAGCGGGUGUGAGUGCUUGCGUGCGUGUGCUUCAAGUCUUCUUCACUCUCACCAGCCUUUGCAUUUUACACACAAACACACACACACACACACACAAAGAGCACCGCUCUCACAUAGCAGAUGUACUUGAGUGAAUCUGCUUGUCUGUAGAAAGCCACAAGAAAAUAAGACUUGAAUCCUUCAUUGCUAUAGAGAUCAUCUAUAUAAAAAAAUUAAUUUGGGUCAGGAGAAUUAGAGAGGCCCUGAUCUGGAUGUGUAUGAGGUCUGUAGCUUUAUCUUAUUAGCACUAUCGUACUGUGCGUCGAUCCUGAGGAGGAACAGAGGUACUGCUGCUUUUAGUCAGGCCCUAAUUUGAUUAAGAAUUGGUGCAAAACAUCUGUGCCGGCCAAAUAAAAUGAUAAAACAUGAGCAAUAAGGCAUUGUAAUGUUUAUGCCAUGUGCCGCUUGAGCUAUGCUGCCGAAGUCGCAUCCGAGCGAAAGCUAUAGCUAUGAAUAUACAAUAAAAAUAUGUCAACAAGCAUUUUAAAUUAUUCACAUUGAUUCAUAUAACUGAACAAGAUCAUGUGUUAAUCUGCUGUUGAAAUUUGUGUAUUGCAGUGUUUAAAAAAAAAACAAAAAAAAAAAAACAAAGGUCAGCCAGCAUGAGAGGCCUUUUCUUCCUCACAUGAACACAUUUCAUAUUCAAAGUGAUUAGGCACUAAUAUUUGAUUCUUAAAGAGCUGAUAAACCAAGCUGCUUUAUGCUAAUGCGGCUGUGUGUAUUUGCAAUACUGAAAAAGAGAGAGAUCACUGUCUCUGUUCAUCAACGCUUAGAAAAGUCAGUAUAUUGCUCAAUAUAGUACCUUUACUAAUAGCACUAUUAAAGUAUUACAAUUUAACCUCAAUUCAUCUGGUGACUCGUUUUAUUAGCUACUCGACCCAUUCUUAAAUCCUAGCUGAAACUGUGUACCAUGACGAACACUUGAACAGCCUGAGCGCUGACUCUCAUUUUCAGAAAUAAGUGUACGCCGUAAAUUGCUUAACAUCAUUGCAUUCGCUCAGUUGCUGAUAUAAUUGUCACCUUUGGUGUCUGUGGUGACACAAUUUGCAUGAAUAACUACAGAGACUAGCAAGAAGGGAUAAACAAGCCUAUCUUUUCGCUGCCAUUAGCUGUGCAUGCUAAACAGGAAGGGAUGUAAACGGCUUAAACAAAAUGUACACACUAAACCGCACAGAUGUUGCUUCAUGACCAAGUGAGCACUGCGAAUAUUCUCACCUCUGAGUUAGAAAAAAAAAAUUCAAUCUACAAAUCUCACUCUGAAACUCCAACUUCAUUUCAUGAUUUCAUUUCAACAUGGUGACAUCUAUGAUACAUGUAAGAACAAGAAUGAAAGUAUUUCUGCCUUUAGGGCAACAUUGUAAGAGUGUUUGUGUUUGAUAUACACCGGUGUCACUAAAUACAUCACUGAAUAGUCUGAAAGCAUUAAAGGUCUAACUCAUUUGUGGAACAUUUAUGAUCAAACUGUACACCAUGAUGGUUUUUUUUUAAUUCACUGCUGUUAAUGGUAAAUUAUAACGUAUCCACUUUAAAAAUAAAGCCCAAUCUUAAACAGUUGAGGAACACACUGAGAUGGGAAGGUCCAAUUCGAGUUUCCUGUGGUCAUGAACGCAGCAACACACACUCUUCCCAAUGACUCUCUCACCACGUACAGCUGUGUUAACACCUCAAAACUGAGAAACACAAACACUGACCUUUUACGCUAUCAUUGCUAGCUAGCUUACCUUCCUCUUCUGCACUCCAGACAUAACAAGGUCUUGUUGUGAUACCUUUGUGGGAUACCAAAUAUUCCCUGAUGCCAUUUUCACUCCUGUUAGCCUUGCAUGCUAAAGAGGAAGUGAGAACAUUAACCUUAAUAUAUACAGGCACAUACACACUUGCACACACACUACAGUCCUGUCAUGUACAGGUCAGGAAUCAUGACCUUAAGGAGAUUAACUUUUUCCGAAUGAACACUCACCACGCUGCCACUUAACAUGCAGCUAUGCUAUCGGUUCAAGCUAACAACCCAUGCACUGCCUCUUUAUACUCUAGCUAAUGCAGUGUUACGCUUAUGCAGUUAAAUAAAGAGCAUUAAUAAGCCACUGUUUACAUUCUGUUAUGAAUGCCAUGCUGUGUACUGAUUGUUAGAUGCCUUUUUUUUGUUUGUUUGUUUGAGAGGCAGCCAGGAGGUGAUGGUGGAAUAGAAUUUGAGUGGUUAGCAAACUCCGUGCUGACUUCAUUUCAGAAAAAGAAAAGGCUGUCCUACA